AUGCUGGCAGCCAGCACAAACUCCUUUCAAUUCAAUGCGAUCUCUAGAAGUGCAUCGCAAUGUACCGUUCGUAACUUGUCCACGAAUUUCCGAGAAGAUUACGACGAUUGGUAUUCCCAUGGAUGUACAGGAUGCCAAACCCAAUAUAAUGAAGGAAUCUUCUUUUAUGGAGAGUCCAACAGCCACAAUGAUACAGUCACAUAUGGUGUGCAACCCAUUUCCGAAUUACCAGUGGAAAAUAUUGAGUACGACUUGGAAGACCAAGACGUUGACUUUUCGGAUGAAGACUUUGAAAGUUUGUUUUCAGUAUCCAGCAGCAACGAUGACACUAUCGUGAGUGCUGAAAACAUGGAAUACUAUCCGAACACCGAUGAGUCCAAAAGACAUUAG